GUGCCGGUCCAAAAGGUGACAACAUCUAUGAGUGGGGAUCGACGAUUAUGGGACCCAAAAAUUCCGUCUACGAGGGUGGUGUCUUCUUCCUUGACAUCAACUUCUCCCCCGACUACCCGUUCAAACCGCCCAAGGUGAAGUUUCGUACCCGCAUCUACCACUGCAAUAUCAGCAGCCAGGGAACUAUCUGUCUAGAUAUCCUCAAGGACAACUGGAGUCCUGCUCUGACCAUCUCCAAAGUCCUACUCUCCAUCUGUGCUCUACUCUCUGACUGCAAUCCUGCUGACCCACUGGUGGGCAACAUAGCAACUCAGUACCUCCAUAGCCGCGAGGACCACGACCGGUUUGCAAAAACGUGGACGAAACGCUACGCAACAUGAUGCCAGCCAACACCGUCUAAGGUGGCAACUUUUGUCUCGUCUUUUUUUGUUUCUCGCCCCGCAGUGUCUUUAUUUAUGUUUUAUUUUGUACAGCAUGUUCACCCUUUCCUAUUUUCCCCCUGUUUAAUUAAGAUGAAUUGUGUUGCAGUCCAGGUACCAGACUUAAGUGUUGUAGGGCCUAACACCAAGCAUUGAGGGCCAUUUCCAAAAUGGCGGUUUUGUUUAUGGCUCGGGUUUCAUCCUAGGCUUUGUUCGGAGAAAGUGUUCUAAAAUUCAGAGGAAUAUAGGAUUUGAUGUCCCUGAAGCUGAACACGGACCUAUAGACUCUUUGCACAAGUACCCCCUCAACAGUUACAAAAGGGGCAAUUCCGUAUACUCGGAUAAACACGUCAGACACUUUAACCCUAACUCCCCAGCAUGAUUUACUAGGAACCAUACCCAUCCUGGCAAAUUCCAACAC